ACGGUUCCCAGUGAGAACUGUGAAAAGCCACUGCUUCGAGUCUUGUCAUUUUGCACUUAGCAGAGGGGAGAGAGAAAGUGUGGCAGCAAGGCAACCAUGACCACGCACAAAGAAAGAAACAACCAAAUGGUUAGGGUUUUAGGGUGUUUUCGGGACACGGGCUCUUUUUAAACAGCAAGCAAUAUGGAAGGAGAAAGUUGGGAUCUUCAUUAGUAUUCAAUUGAAUUUCCAGUCUUUUCUAUUUUAAAUUUUUAGGACCUGGCGCUGGCGUUCCAGUUUCCAAGCCUGUAAUUAAAAUAUCCGUUUUCCUGUAAUCGUUGCUUUACAAAAUAGACGACUACAAUGACGUACUUUUAAAAUAACACAAUUGAAAGAGGGCAGAGCAUCUCUUUAAAUGAGGCCAACCCCCACUCUCCCUUUAGUUUUUCCCUAAUCCCUACUUUUCUCUCUCUUUCUCCCUCUGUUAUUUCAUUGGUAAACUCUAACUCUCUGUAAUAAUGGUUGUUCCACCAUUAUUAUUAUCUUCAUAAGUCCUGAAACCAAUCACUCUUUUAAAAUUAUAACAAGAAAAUCAUGUUGAUUUCUUCUCAUUUACCUCGUUGGCUUCAAGUUCUUCUGACUGAGAAAUUCUUUAAUGCUUGUGUAAUUCAUGAAGAGGCCAAGAAAAAUGAAAAGAACGUCUAUUGCUUGGACUGUUGUAUUAGUAUCUGCCCUCACUGCUUGUCCCCUCACAGCUCUCACAGGCUCCUACAGAUAAGAAGGUAUGUCUAUCACGAUGUUAUAAGGUUGGAUGAUGCAACUAAGUUGAUGGACUGUGCCUCUGUCCAAUCAUACAUAAUAAACAGUGCAAAAGUGAUAUUUAUAAACCAAAGGCCACAGACAAGGCAGUUCAGAGGCUCCGGCAACUUCUGCACCACAUGCGACAGAUGCCUGCAACACCCGUAUCUCUUUUGCUCUCUCUCCUGCAAGGUUUCCUUUUUACCCCAUAACCACCACCUCCCAAUCCCAUUCUUUGAUUCUCCACAUUUUCUCAUUCAUUUUACCUACCCGCAGAUUGAUAAUCUAUUAAGAACAGAAUACGGGCUUUCCAAGUUCCUAUAUGAUUGCAAUUAUUUGCCAUUACCUGACGUGGGUUUGGAUGAUGGUUUGGUGACACCUGAGUGGGUCCUUGAGCCGUCUGGUUCGACCAAAACCUCUUCCGGGUCUGAUGGAUACGGUGAAGAAGCGUGGUGCAGGGCACUUUCUUGCACUGCUACCACAGAGAUUGUGAGAAAAAAGAGGAGUAGCUUAACCUGCCCUUCAGUAUCCGGGAGUUUGAUGAACCGGAGAAAGAAACCUCCACACCGGGCUCCACUCUACUGAAUUUCCUUGUCUAGGGGGAGAUUGGGACAUUGUUGGCAUUUUAUAUUUUUAUUUAGGGCAAUUUACGGAUGAAAUGAUCAUCCACUAACAUCUCCCAAUUUUGUUUUUGUACCUCUCUCUCCACACCCUUUGUGUUAUAUAUAUGUAUUUUCCAUUUUACCCAGUUAUUGUGAGUAAUACCGACAGAAAGUACUGCAGUAUUGCAUUAUUAUCCCCUUUUUUCUAUUAUUAGAUUCUAAUUUAUAUUUCCAGUAA